AUGUCACUGGACGAACAAGCGUCCAACAAAAGUAAAGACAUACACCAGCCUAAAGCAAAAAAUCAACCGCAGGGACAGCAACUUGCCGCAUUAUUGAGAGGAAAACUAGACCUUCCCGAUUACGACAUGUUUUCUGACCAACCAAAAGAUGUUGGAAAUCGUUCAAGCAGUGCACCUCCAGCUCAAGCUACAAAUCAGCUUGGUCGGUUUGACCCCUCUGAGCUAGACAACUCUACCGCGUCCGAUCUACGAUCCGACCCAGACUACGCCAACUUUUAUUAUCAAAAUUCUCGUCAUGACCCACGACUACCGGCCCCUUUAUACACUCCUGGUCAGUCUUGGCCGGUGUGGACUAAUAGUGGUAACGGUAGUAAUGGGGGUAGCAGCAGCAAUGGAGGAGGUGGUAUUGUUGGUAAUGGUAUAGGAGGCAGUUUAAAUUCUAAAACCAUUGCAGGGAAUGGAUCAUCAUCCACUGCGGACAAAUCGAAAAUUUUAGAGCGAUUCCGAGGCUUAGGAGAUGGCGAUGAUGAAUUUCAGCGUGAUCAUCCAUUGGAUCAAAGUCUGGAGCCUGAAAUUCAAUCGACUCUAAGUCAACCAGAGUACUCCACAGAUGCAUCAACAUCUAAUCUAAAAUUUGAUCCUUAUAAUGGCCAAAGUACCACCAGCAGUGCUGCGUCUCUUUGGCGAUCAGAAUUAGCAUCCCCAUCUUCACAAUUAAAUGAUCCACAUUCUCCAAAUAAACGAAAAAAUUUAGUGGAAAUGAUUCAAGAGAAUGAUGCGUUCAAUCUUCACGAUCUUCGGAAUUCCCUUGAUUUGGAUUACAAUAAUUUACGUAACGCAACGAAUGAAGAAGAUCACUUAAAUUCCGUUGUUAAUGUAGCUUUGGACGAAGAGCAUCUCGACCAUCGUCUACCAACUGCUGCUUAUCGAGGUCCUUCGCCUCCACUUCGUAGUAGUAAAUUCGAUCCUCCGCCACGAGCUUCUUCUACUCCACCCACUCAAAGUCAUUUCCGUAAUCAAAGUAUUAAUUUUGCUCAGGAAUUUCAUGGUGACUUGUCGCAUGCUGAACAUUUACUUUAUAACUAUCGAUUUGAUGGAAAUGACGAGUAUGCCGAUGCUCUGCAACAAGCCCAUCUCCGACAGCAAGCAAUCAAACAACAACGAAUGAAGUUACAACAAUCACAAUACAGUCCUUUCUUUAACGAUACUACUUCUACAAGUGGAUUUUCUCAAUAUGGACUUGGUGGAAGUCCUCCUCUUGCUGGAUAUCCUAAAGGUAUGGUAAAAGAAUCUUUGGAGAAGUAUAUGUUACAACGUGAAGAUAUGUACGGCUCAGUAUGGGAUCCUCGUGAAGAAAGUGCAAUGAGUCGAAGUUUACUUAGUGCUGACCUUGCAUACCCACGCCCUAACAGUUCAUUAGGUUUAAAUUCGCGUGGAUAUGAAUAUCAAAAAGCUCUUCAACAACAGCAAAUAGGUUUAAGUGGAAGUGGACUUGUCGGCCGAGGUGAUUCGAUUCUUUCUUCUGAAUAUGGCGGCGUUUCGAAAAGCAGUCAAUUUUACAAUCCUGGUCUAAACGGUAGUAGUCUCGGUUCAGUAGGUAGUCUCACCAAUACUCCUCUAAAUGCACAGAGAGGUGUAAGCAAUCUUGCAGAAAAGAAUCUACGAUUUCAGUCCCAACAAUUGUUGCUUCAUCGGGAACGACUCCAACAACAACAAAUGUUGCUUGCACGCGAACAGUUAUUACGGCAUCAUCAUUCCGCUGAAUAUUUGAAUGGAAUUUCGGGAUUUGGUGGAAUUUCCAGUGGUCGUCGCAGUCAUGACCUCAGUUCGAGCAUUUCUGAUCCAGGACACGGGAUGCGCAGUCCUCUAUUAGAAGAAUUCAGAAAUAACAAGAAUAAAAAAUAUGAACUUCGGGACAUUGUGGGCAACAUUGUCGAGUUCAGUGGAGAUCAACAUGGUUCACGCUUUAUCCAACAAAAACUUGAAACAGCCAAUAGCGAAGAAAAGCAACUAGUUUUUGAUGAGAUUCUUCCUAACGCGUUACAACUGAUGACUGAUGUAUUUGGAAACUAUGUGAUUCAAAAGUUCUUUGAACAUGGUAACCAAAUGCAGAAGACCAUCUUGGCCAAACAGAUGGAAGGUCAUGUCCUGUCAUUAGCUCUUCAAAUGUAUGGUUGUCGUGUAGUUCAAAAGGCACUAGAACACGUUCUUACCGAGCAACAAGCCACUUUGGUCAAAGAAUUGGACGGGAAUGUGCUAAAAUGUGUGAAAGAUCAAAACGGCAAUCAUGUGAUUCAAAAAGCAAUUGAACGCGUUCCUGCUGAACAUAUUCAAUUUAUCAUAAAUGCUUUCCAUGGGCAAGUUUAUAAUCUCGCGACUCAUCCAUAUGGCUGUCGUGUCAUACAGCGGAUGUUCGAGCAUUGUACCGAUGAACAAACCAAACCACUCUUGGAAGAGCUCCAUCGAUAUACUCAAAAUCUAGUACAGGAUCAAUAUGGAAAUUAUGUAAUCCAACAUGUAUUAGAACGUGGAAAGCCCGCCGAUAAAUCAAUGGUGGUAGCAAAAGUUCGCGGUAAUGUCUUACAAAUGUCCAAACACAAAUUCGCCAGUAAUGUGGUGGAGAAAUGUGUCGCCUAUGGUAGUAAGCGUGAUCGCCAGUUGCUGAUCGAAGAAGUCAUCACAACAAAACCUGAUGGAACGUCGCCAUUAAUUUCGAUGAUGAAAGAUCAGUAUGCUAAUUAUGUAGUUCAAAAGAUGCUAGAUGUGGUGGAUGGUGAGCAACGUGACCUUUUGGUUGCCAAAAUCAAACCCCACUUGCAGUCUUUAAAGAAAUACACGUAUGGCAAGCAUCUGAUCUCAAAGGUUGAAAAAAUUUUUAUUCUAAACGAAAAUCAAUUAUCAUUAUUGACAAAUCAGCAGCAACAACAUGAUAACUCUUCUGAAAUGACACUUUCUUGUUUAAAUUCACCCACUGGCUCUCGUACAUCUUUUGGCACGGGUUAUACGACACCUGUCGUUCCCACUUCACCUGUCAUCAGUUCCGAUGAUAAUUUACCCGAUCAUCAAACAUGA